ACGGCUACGCGUUUUAUUAAAUGUCAACAAAUAUGUUCAUUUGCUCCUUAAUUUAAAGAAAAGAAAUUAAAAUGUUUCGCAAUUUAGUCACAAAAGCAUUUGCUUACAAUAUCAGAAGAGCAUCAACAAACUCGUCUAAAGAACUGUGGGAUUUACAUGUUGGAGUAUUAAUAGAACGUUUGCCAAUUAUAUCUAAGAAAUUGACAAAUUUCGAAGCUGAUGUUAUGAACACUCUUCGUCAAAUAGAAUUUGAAAAUAGUUUGAAAUCUGAUCAUGAAGUGAAAAAAGAAAAGGACAAGUUGCAACAAGAAUUAAUUAAAGCCGGAACAUAUGAAGUUGAUUUGGAUGGCGAUUCUCGAAAUCUUCAGACUGCACAAGAUAUGGAAGAUUUGAGUCAGCAAGAAGUGUCGAAAUUUCAAUAUGCUUCUCGUGAAACUGAAGAUGACAAGAAGGGAAAUUUAAAGAGUUUAAAUCGUAACCUUGAUGACACAUUGAUGCUCGUUUGCGCUGAAAAAAUUGAUAAAAAUGAGAUUCUGCUUUUACCACAAGCUAAAUGGAUUGAAGGUGAAACACUUAAAGAAACUGCUGAGCGAAUUGUGAGAGAUAAGUUUGGAUGCAAUCUCAAUGUACAAUUUUAUGGCAACGCUCCUUGUGGAUUUUAUAAGCAAAAGUAUAAAACUGAAAACAGGAAGAACUCAGUAGGAUCAAAAGUUUUCUUCUAUAGAGCUGUCUAUAAGUCUGUAAUUUAUUGUAUGAGUCAAAAAGCAGAAAGGCCAGUACUGCAAGGUCAACGCAUCAAGACCAGAAAAAGGGAUGAAAAAGAAAAGUAUGACCCAACGGGAUUCCGUGAUGCGGUCAUUGCUGGUCUCGAAAAAGCUGAAGACUUAGAACAAAUUUCAAAAUUUCUCGACACUGCUGGUAACAAAUUAGAUUAUCGUCGUUACGGUGAAGUAUUGUUUGAUAUUCUGAUUGCUGGUGGUUUGCUCGUUCCCGGUGGGUCCAUCUCGCAAGAUGGCGAGAAGCCUUACACAAAGGCCUGCAUUUUUGCAGCAUCGGAAGAAAUGGAAUCGAUGCGUGAGCAAGAACAGAUCCUUAUCAAAUUGGUACGACGAUACAAAUACUUAGAAAAGAUGUUUGAAGAAGAAAUGAAAAAGGUUUUGGUGUUUAUCAAAGGAUUUCAACCUAUUGAGCGUGUGAAGUUAGCACGAAUGACGGCAUUGUGGGUUGCAAGUGGUGCAGUUCCACCGAUAGUUUUAGCUGUGCUAAAUAAUGAGCAUUUGAUAAAGGAUGGCGUAGCUUUGGAAUUUCUCUUGGAGUUGUUUGUGACACUUAAGCAAGAACGCGGAAUUCCAGCUUUGAUAACGGCAUUGAAAAAAGGCUCAUUGGAAUCACGAUUGAUGGAAUUUCUGCCAUUGAACAAACGCUCUGAAGAGAACUUCAUAAAGAUCUUUACUGAUCGUGGACUUGAAGACAUCGUUAAGUUGCACAAAGCUCAAGCCAGUCAAGAAGCAAAACGUGAAUUGCAAUCGGCAAUUAUCGACGAUAUUAAGGAUGGAAAAUCGCAUAAAGAUAUAAUUAACGACAUUAAGGAAUUGUCUGAAAAGAAUAUCAUUCCAGAACAUGAAGUCAUUACAAUUGUUUGGACUACAAUCAUGUCUUUGGGUGAAUGGAAUAAGAAAGAAGAACUCGUUGCUGAUCAAGCAUUGAGACAUCUUAAAAUACAUGCUCAGUUCUUCCAAGCAUUCACAACAAACACACGUUCGGAAUUGGCGUUGAUUUUGAAAAUCCAGGAAUAUUGCUACGAGAACAUGAACUUCAUGAAUUCUUUCUACAAAAUCAUGGUGCUCUUUUACAAGCUUGAAAUCAUUUCGGAAGAUUCAGUGUUGAAGUGGUACAGGGAUGCUCACUCGCCUAAAGGAAAAAUGCACUUCCUUGAAAAGAUGAGACCAUUUAUGGAAUGGUUGGAAAAAGCUGAAGAAGGUAAACUUUUUAAAUUUAUUUGUCAAAUGUUUCAUUGUUUUUGGUACGAUGAUCAGCGUAAUCCUAAAACAUUCGAGGAAACAUUGAAACAUUCAUUUACUUUCAUAAUGUUGAGUAACUUUAGGCUUGUAAACAAACGUGUCUCGUGUUUUUAUGAAACUUUUAAGAAACAAUUACAUAAAUCUGUCAUGGCAAAUAGUCGAUAUGAAUAUGUUAAGGAUUUCGAAAAAGACGACAGAAUUCUUCCAAAUUGUUGGAUUGUUGUGAGGCUUGAUGGAAAGAGUUUUCAUAAGUUUACUGAUGCUCAUAACUUUGAGAAACCAAAUGAUAUGCGAGGGAUAAGCUUAAUGAAUUUUGCUGCUUCGUGUGUGAUGAAAGAGUUCAACGAGAUAAUUUUGUCUUAUGGCCAAUCUGACGAAUAUUCCUUUGUUUUCCAUCGUAGUGCAGCUGUGUAUAACCGAAGAGAAUCAAAGAUAGUUUCAAAUGUUAACAGUUUAUUUACAUCAUCUUUUGUAUUUUAUUGGGAUCGUUGGUUCGGUUCGGAGAAGUUGAAGUAUCCUCCCAGUUUCGAUGCUCGAGUUGUUUUAUAUCCUACAGACGAAAAUCUCAAAGAUUAUUUAAGUUGGAGACAAGCAGAUGUCCACAUUAACAAUCUUUACAAUACGUGUUUUUGGAAUUUAGUGCUGAGAAAGGGAAUGAAGAAUUCUGAAGCUGAGGAAACCCUUCGAGGAACAGUUUCGGGUGAUAAAAACGAAAUUCUUUUCAGCGAAUUUGGAAUCAACUACAACAAUGUUCCAGCAAUCUUCAGAAAAGGCACAAUUCUCCUCACAAAACAAAUUAAGAUUGAUAAAAGUAGAACCAAGAAAACAAUUGUUCCAAUAUUUGACGAUCUUAUAAAACCAAAAUUCUGGAAUGAACAUGACGAACUUUUGGAAAGAAAAAAUCCAAAAUUUUAUAAAUUUCCUGAUGACGAACUGCCGAAACUUGUUGAAGAAUUUCUUAAAAUAUAAAUACAGACAUUUUUAUUAAAAUUAA